AUGGUCGGCACCUACAUCAUCAACAUAGCCACAGCUCCCCGUGACCUGUGGCUCCUCAGGCAGCCGGCCUCCCCCAGUCCUCUGCCACUGGCAUGCACCCGCGAACCCAGAUCUCACGCCCUUUUUUCUCUGGACAGUCCUUCCUCUCCUCCUACACUUUUCUCCCCAUUGUUGGUAUUCUCUGACCAUACAGUCUUGCAACCCUCAUUGUCCUUUUCACUGCCUCUGCCGUCCUCGCAUACUCCACCAUAA